AUGAAAAAGAAGAAUAUUGCUGCCACCACUAGCUACGGAAAGAUGAAAAAUCGUGUGAACCGUUAUGAUAUGAAUGGUUCGUACAAUUUUAUUGAAUCUAAAAAUAGUGGAAAAGUACAAGGGAAUGCUAUAACUGGGGAUACGAAAAAAAAUAGGUCAGAUGCUAAUACCAGCGGAAAAGGACCUAAUAGUAGCCAAAUCAGCAACAUUCAGAAUGGAGGUAUAACAGGAGGAAAUAAUCAUCAUUCCCAGGUAAUGAAAUAUGGAAAGAAUGCAUAUCAGUAUGAUUAUAACUCAUACGGAUCAAAGAAAGUUGGAGAAUACAGGGAGAAAAUAAAAAGUACGGCUAAGAAUGCAGGGAGUGUUGGUGAAAAUACUACACACAAUGAAGGUAGAAACAAUCAAAUUUGUGGUAACAACUCUGUUACGCCUGAUAAUAAGGCAAUUCAAGAAACAGCUGGAAAUAAAAUCAAAGAGGGGAAUACAAAUUUGAAUGGGACAAACAUGAGCAGAAAAAGUAUGAGCGGGACAAAUGUGAGUGGCACAAAUGUGAGUGGCACAAAUAUGAACGGCACAAAUGGAAUUAGAAAACAGAAUGAAGGAAGGAAAGGAGGAAACAAAGAUGAAAGUGGAAAUGAAGAGGUCAGUAUAUUAAGAGAAAAAAUUUGCUUUAAAAUGCUAAAAAGCAUAGAUAUAUAUAUUACAGAAAUAAUUAUGAAAUCUUCAUUUGUGACUGUGUACAAAAUGAAGGAAGAUGAAGUGAAAUGGAUUCGAGCAGAUAUCGAAGGAUUCUUGUACAUUGUUAGGAGAUCUAUUAAACCAACAUACCGAUUAAUAAUAACGAAUAAAAAAAAUGAAAAUCAUUUAGUACAAGAUAUUCAUGGACGUAUAAAAUUGUCUACGGAUCAGAAUUAUAUAUUUUAUAGAGUGUAUAAUGAAGAAAAUAAUUCGAAAAGUACAUACAGUUUAUGGUUUUACAGUACUGAGGAGAAAGAAAAAAUAUACAACAUGUUGAGAGAAUUAGUAGACAUGGCGACUUCUACUACCCCUGCAAGUGGCGCAGGAAAUUUAGGAAAUCCCGAUCAUAACUCCAUUGAGAAUAAUGGAAAUGUUUCUUAUGUUCAUAGUAAAAGCAUUAACUAUAUAUUGUCCAAAAAUGAAAAUGGCGUUAAUGAAUCCGUUGUAACAGCUGCAGAAGGAAAAAUAUUAGUAGACAAAUCGAAUGAGGCCCCUUUGAAAAAUGCUCCAAAUGGGUGUGGCCAGGAACUUCCCAAGAGUGUUCCGAAUCAUGCAGGAGUGAACCUCCCAGGAGGGACGUUAAACAUGGGCAGCAACGAUGGGAGUCUCAUCAGUGCACAUAUUACCAAUCACAGCAGCAGCCGCACCAUCAAUCACAGUAGCAGUAGCACAAUCAAUCACAAUAGCAAUCAUAACAGCGUGCACGAGGCGAGAAAGACAAAUGCAAAGAAAACCAACCCCUACACAAUGUAUGACAAUGUCAGGGAUAACGAUAAUGGAAAGAGUUUUGAGUUAAAAGGGACGAAUAAGCAAGAUUUCAUAUAUGCAAAGAUGAACUAUCCAGUAAUUGGUGCAUCUGGAAACAUAUUGAACGGAGGAACCCAAAGUUCGUACGAAAAUUAUUUGAAGAAUUUUUAUAACGUAAAUGAAAAUGGAGAAGCAAACGGAAUUACAUCCAUUGGACAUAGAACAAAAAUGAAUGGGCAUUUAAUAGAAGGACAUAACACAUGUGAUUUUAAUGUAAAAGGGGAUAUUCAGCAAAAUAACGUAGAUUUUAAAGAUAAAGUUGGAAGAAAAUUACUCAAUCUUAUUAAAGGAUUACCUAUGGAAGAAAAUGAAAAAGAAAAUGAAAAUGGAACCGAAAACGAAGUAGAAAAGGGAUCCGAAAGGGUAAUAGGACAAGGAGUUGGAAUGGAAGUCGAAAUGGGGCCUGAAAAGGGAAAUGCAAAUUUGAAAAAAUUAGAAGAUUAUGAUUUUUAUGAGAAUAGAAAAGGAGAAGAUUCUUCAAGAGGCAUUAAUAAUAAUCUCAUUAAGGAGACAAAAGGGAAUUUGUAUUCUAAUAAGAAAAAUAGCGGAAUUUCGGGAGGUGAAGCCAUUAUGAACCUUUUAGGAUUAAGCAAGAAUAGUGAUUUUAAAAAAGACGAAGGGGAGGAUAAAAAAAAGAAAAAAAAAAAAAAAAACGGAAAUGCAAAUGGAAAUAGCAAUAUAACGAAUGUCAUUAUGAAUGAAAACUUGAAUGGUGAAAGUACAGGAAAUGUGCAGGUGGCAGGAGGUUCUGUUACUCCGGUUGUUUUAAAUAAUACGCAUGCAACAAAUGUUUACGAUACGAACAAUGACAUUACCAAAACGAACAUGCAGAAAAGGGGAAUGCAACUGAGGGAAGCGCAACUUAGAGAAAUGCAUAUGAGGGUAAUGCCAAUGAAUGGAAUGCCAAUGAAUCGGAUGUCGAUGAAUGAGAUGCAAAUGAAUGAGAUGCAAAUGAAUGAGAUACCAAUGAAUGAGUUACCAAUGAAUGAGGUGCAAAUGAAUGAGAUACAAUUGAAUGAGAUACAAUUGAAUGAGAUUCCAUCGAAUGGAAUUCUUAUGAACGGUAUACCAUUGAAUAGGAUGCAUGCAAAUGGCAUCCAGACGAAGGGAAUCCAGAAGAACGGAAUCCAGACAAGAGGAAUCCAGACAAGCGGAAUCGAGACGAACGAUAUGGAUAUGUUAUCACCACUCGGGGAAGAGAUAAUAAACGGGGGAAACGGAAAAACCGUUAGAUAUAACAAGAGCAAAUUUGACUGCAGUGACGAAGUUUUAAGUAGUAACCACAUCUUGGAUCAAUCAUAUCUCGAAAAACAGGGAUAUCAGAACAAUUCAGUUGAAAGUGUACAUAACAAAAGAAUAAUGAAUACUGGCCAAAUGGACGAAGAGAAAAAUAUGACCAAUGUGUUUCUUGAUAUUAUUAAAUUAAAAUCGGAUAAAACGAAUAAUGUACACCCAGUUACAGGCAGAAAUCACCACUUGGGCCAUGAUGUUGUGAAUGAAUACAACACAGAUUCAUAUGACUUAUUAUUUAAGAUGCAGAACGGAAAUGGAAGCGGAGAGAGGAGAACAAAAGUUGGAAAUCAGAUUGACAGGUUUGUUGCGAAUAAUCACCUAGGCAUUCACAGUAAUAAUGAUCCAUUUGAUCAUGGUGAAAUUUCAGGCAAGAAUAAUAAUACAGGUUACAUGCCCAAUGAGAAACAACUCCUUAAAUGUGAAGACAAUGUGUUAGACAACUACAAUAGCUUGGAGGGUUAUAAAAAUAGAAAUAUACUACUGAACAGGAAUAUCAUACAUAAUGUCAUCAAAGAAACAUUGCAGUCCGAUGAAUUUGUAAAUUUGCUGUGGAAAAAGCUAUUAAAUAGUAAAAAUAUCAUGUAA